CGAAAAUAACAUUGAAAAUGAUGGCAAUGUUAACAUGUGCGCUAACAGCACCAAUGUUAAAGCUAACAGCACCAAAGUGACCAUCACUGCCGAUAACAUUAUCGAGGGAGAUACCAGUGUUGGAAAGGAGACCGCUAGCAGUGAUGAUCAACGCCAGAGUACAAAUGUAAACAAACUCUUGGAAUCGCCAGCAGCAGCGCUUGCCUUGGCAAAAAAAGGUCACCAUGGAGUACGACGGCAGCGUGUGUGUGCGUAAUUGGGUCACACAGUUCCAGAACAUCGGCAAGAUCUACAAUUUGGACGACGGCUGCAUGCAUAUGCUUCUAAUUGCCAAGCUGAAAGGGAGUGCACAACGUUGGCUGCACGCAAACACCACGCGAAUUCUGGAGUCAACCGAUCAGCUGUGUAAGCAGUUAAUUAUGUCAUUUGGGGUCAAAAUGUCCAAAGGAGAAUUGAGGAGCGCAUUCCAAAAGCGGGAAUGGCGUUCAGAGGAGAAAUUUGCGGCUUAUUUCGAGGACAAGAUGAUGCUGGCCAACGGCAUCAACAUCGAUCUGGAGGAACUCCUGGAAAAAAUUAUCGAGGGAAUUCCGGCACCAGCGCUACGCAAUCAGGCUCGCAUACAGCGCUUUUCCAAACCGAUGCAGGUUUUGAGAGCCUUCUCGGAAGUACGUCUGCCAAAGCACAAGCCUGAUAAUAGUUCGCCAAAACGCCUCUUUGAAGGAGGUCCAACUAAGAAGGAUUUGCGUUGCGCCAACUGCAACUCAAAAGGACACUUCGCCAAGGAGUGCCUGAAGCCAAAGAGAGAGCCCGGAUCCUGCUAUGCUUGUGGAGCGUUCGGACACUUCGUCGGACAAUGCCCGGAGCGCAAGAGCGCCAAUAUCAACAAUUAUAAUGCCUCAUAGACACCGGGAGUCCAAUAUCAUUUGCAAAACUAAGCAGUAUAUUCAGUGAAGUCAAUUUAGAGUCUGCUGCUGAAAACUAUUUCGGGCUAAAUAAAAGCCAACUAAUAAUACUCGGAAAAACCUUAUGUUACAUUACAAAAGAAAGAAUAAAAUGUUAUUUUGAUUUAUACGUAGUUCCAGACGGGUCUAUGAGUCAUAAUGUAA